AUGACUCUCGAGAUUGGGGGUGGCACUCAGGGCAUCUCAGGUCUCGCUAUCGGUGAAUAUGGUUAUCGUAGUGUUAUCGUCUUGACCAAUGUACAAACGUUUGACAAAUCCACUAAUGCCAGGAUUAAUCCAACACUUAAGUGCACCAAUGCCAGGAUUAAUCCAGCACUUAAGUACACCAAUGCCAGGAUUAAUCCAGCACUUAAGUGCACCAAUGCCAGGAUUAAUCCAGCACUUAAGUGCACCAAUGCCAGGAUUAAUCCAGCACUUAAGUGCACCAAUGCCAGGAUUAAUCCAGCACUUAAGUACACCAAUGCCAGGAUUAAUCCAGCACUUAAGUGCACCAAUGCCAGGAUUAAUCCAGCACUUAAGUGCACCAAUGCCAGGAUUAAUCCAGCACUUAAGUGCACCAAUGCCAGGAUUAAUCCAGCACUUAAGUACACCAAUGCCAGGAUUAAUCCAGCACUUAAGUACACCAAUGCCAGGAUUAAUCCAGCACUUAAGUGCACCAAUGCCAGGAUUAAUCCAGCACUUAAGUGCACCAAUGCCAGGAUUAAUCCAGCACUUAAGUACACCAAUGCCAGGAUUAAUCCAGCACUUAAGUACACCAAUGCCAGGAUUAAUCCAGCACUUAAGUACACCAAUGCCAGGAUUAAUCCAGCACUUAAGUGCACCAAUGCCAGGAUUAAUCCAGCACUUAAGUGCACCAAUGCCAGGAUUAAUCCAGCACUUAAGUACACCAAUGCCAGGAUUAAUCCAGCACUUAAGUACACCAAUGCCAGGAUUAAUCCAGCACUUAAGUGCACCAAUGCCAGGAUUAAUCCAGCACUUAACAUAAACUACUAUUGCAACCACUAUGGCAACUGCAACAUAAACUACAAUGACAACCACAGGAUAAACGACUAUGCCAACCACAGCAUAACCUACUAUGGCAACCACAGCAUAAACUCUUAUGGCAACCACAGUAUAAACUCCUAUGGCAACCGCUAUGGCAACCACAGCAUAAACUAUGACAACCGAUAUGGCAACCACAGCAUAAACUGCUAUGGCAACCACUAUGACAACCAUAGCAUAAACUAUUAUGGCAACAAUAGCAUAAACUUCUAUGGCAACCACUAUGGCAACAAUAGCAUAAACUUCUGUGGCAACCAUAGCAUAAACUACUAUGGCAACCACAGCAUAAACUACUAUGGCAACCACAGUAUAAACUACUAUGGCAACCACAGUAUAAACUCCUAUGGCAACCACUAUCACAACCAUAGCAUAAACUACUAUGGCAACAAUAGCAUAAACUUCUAUAGCAACCACUAUGGCAACAGUAGCAUAAACUUCUAUGGCAACCACUAUGGCAACCACAGCAACCACCAUGGCAACCACCACGGCAACCACUAUGGCAACCGCAACCACCAUGGCAACCGCAGCAACCACCAUGGCAACCACUAUGGCAACCACCAUGGCAACCGCAGCAUCCACCACGACAACCACAAUGGCAACCGCAGCAACCACCAUGGCAACCGCAGCAACCACCAUGGCAACCGCAGCAACCACCACGGCAACCACCAUGGCAACCGUAGCAACCACCAUGGCAACCGCAGCAACCACCAUGGCAACCGCAGCAUCCAUCACGGCAACCACCAUGGCAACCGCAGCAACCACCACGGCAACCAUAAUGGCAACCGCAGCAACCACCACGGCAACCACCAUGGCAACCGCAGCAACCACCACGGCAACCAUAAUGGCAACCGCAGCAACCACCACGGGGAAGAUCAACUCAGUGAUUGGCAGCCCCCUCCCCCGCCUCCCCUGCCUCGGGCAGCGCACACGCACGUCCACACGCACGCACACAAUGGUCUUGGAGACCGCGUGGCUUAUGGCAUGAGACGAACACAAGGUGUGUUUUGUUGA